AAAAAAGGAACCCCGAAUGCUACGGAAUAGGAAUAGGCAGUUCCAUAGGAAGUUGAUUGGUUUCAAUGCCUCAGACAGAAACAGAGGCAAAUCAAACCCACAAAUUGCAAAUUCAACCUGUCAACACAAAAUGGAAGAAGAGAUGUCACUGCCACUGGUUUCCCCAAAUCCCCAUCUAUUAUUCUUCUUCUUCUUCUCCUCCGCUUCUUUAUUGUUCCUCCCCGCAACCUCUUUCCAGUGGUGCCCCACCGCCCGGACCCACCAUCAGGACGGCCAAGGCUACCACCACCGCCGCCGCCGCCGCUCUGCACCGCCAACUUGUUCCCUCAGAUGCCAUAACGGGUUGAUGAAGAUGAAAUAUAUUGGAGACGGAGGAAGGGCGACGGAGAGUUAGAAUGGUCACAUAAUUCCACUCAUGUAAUAUUACAGCUAGCUCAAUGUUUUAUGUCACCCUCUUAUUCACAAAUUAGUUUGUGGUAAAUGUAGCUAAUGCUAUGGUUGGACCACGAUCAUGGAUCACAGGACUCUUCAAUCGCUCAGGGAACAAAAAGAAUGAUAGAUUUCAAUACCCUUUAAGUCCUCUUCAGGAGGAAAGGCUUCAGAGGCUACAAGAGCGGAUGCAAAUACCUUUUGAUGAGACAUGCAUUGUUCAUCAAGAAGCUCUAAGAACAUUGUGGAAUGCAGCCUUUCCAGAUGUUGAGCUUAAAGGGAUGAUAUCUGAGCAAUGGAAAGAAAUGGGUUGGCAGGGCCCUAAUCCAUCCACUGACUUUAGGGGUUGCGGUUUUAUUUCCCUCGAAAAUUUGCUGUUUUUUUCCAGGACAUUUCCGGCAUCUUUUCGUAGGUUAUUAUUGAAGGAAGAUGGAAAUAGAGCAGAAUGGGAAUAUCCGUUUGCUGUUGCUGGCAUAAAUGUAUCAUUUAUGUUGAUUCAAAUGUUGGAUUUAAACUCAGCAAAACCAAGGUGUGUACCAGGACUCAAUUUUUUGAGACUAUUAGGAGAAAAUGAAGAAGCAUUCGAUAUACUAUACUGUGUUGCUUUCGAGAUGAUGGAUGCCCAGUGGCUUGCUAUGCAUGCUUCCUAUAUGGAGUUUAACGAGGUGAUGCAAGUAACCAGAACGCAGCUGGAAAGGGAGCUAUCUCUGGAGGAUAUUCACAGAAUAAUAGAUCUACCAGCUUAUAAUCUGUUGCGUCAGUAAUUUUGGUGUCCUGAUGAUAAAUAUACUGAAGAAUGCCAGCCAGUUUCAGACUGUUUGAACAAUUGAGAAGUCACCUCUCUUGUUGUAUUGGAUUUUCGUACUGGUACUUGUAUCAUGGUUUUUGAGCAAUAGAUGCUGCUGCUGCUGUAUA